UCCUAAGUCCUAAUGCAUCAAAGCCUCGACAGUGUGACAUCAGUGGUUCAGACGUUCAGUCCGUUAAAUUUUGAUUUUGAUUAUAAAAAAAAGAACAAGGAGGAGAAGAGCGAAGUUGAGGCGCGGGCGACGGGGUUGUGUCGUGCACGAGUCGUAUUAAGCAAAGCAACCACGUGGCCGUUACAUCUCCCUCUACGAACCACUACCAAAUCCGCAAACCCAUCCCAUUUUCCCGUUUCUUUUUCACUCUCCUCAUUUCGCGUAUCCCCAUUAGAAUAUUCUCCGCUUCUGACUAUUUUCGCAGUUCUAGGGUUUCACAUUCUUCACGUUUCGGAUCCCAACCCGCGAUUCUCAUUCCAUCUCCUUUUUUCAGAUAAGCCGCGAUUCUAGUUGCACUUGUGUUUCAGAUAAUUCUUCUUUCCUCGCCCUUUCAAAAUCUAAUCAGAUUAGGUAUCCUCAAUUCUUUUUGGAGUCACGAUGCCGCCAUUUUUUUCGAAGGCGCUUUGCUCCUUGGCAUCGCGCAAAAGUGGUGUGAGUCAAUUGAUUAGGUCGAGCAAGAGUAGUGGAAAAAUCGGUGGGUGCAGAUGCACCACUACCAUUACCGGCCAUCACAUUCAACCUUCCCUCUCUCGCACUGGCUUUUCUCGUCUCAUCAGAGGAUUUUGCAAUAAUAACAAUAAUUAUAAAUAUAAUGCUGUUCAAUCGAGACGGUUUCUUGGAAUCGGAGAUGGUGAAGAAGACGCGCUGUCCAAAACUUACGAGGAGAGGCGCGUUUUGGGGUACUCUCCAGAGCAGUUAUUUGAUGUUGUUGCUGCUGUUGACUUCUAUCAUGGUUUUGUCCCAUGGUGUCAAAGGUCGGACAUACUUAGACACUAUCCAGAUGGAUCAUUUGAUGCUGAGUUGGAGAUUGGAUUUAAAUUCCUUGUUGAAAGUUAUGUUUCUCAUGUUGAGUUGGACAGACCAAGGCGUAUAAAGACAACUGUGUCACAAAGCUCCCUGUUUGACCAUUUGAUAAACUUGUGGGAAUUUAAACCUGGCCCUGUUCCAGGAAGUUGCAAUCUUUAUUUCUUGGUGGAUUUUAAGUUUCAGUCUCCGCUUUACAGACAGAUUGCAUCGAUGUUCUCUAAGGAGGUAGCCGCUAAGAUGGUUGGUUCAUUCACUGAGCGUUGCCGUAUAAUAUACGGACCGGAAGUGAAGGUCCUUGAAAACUCGUAUGGAAAAAGGGCCUAAAGUAGUUUUCUGCACCAGUUUCUUGUCUUGAACAUAGUUGAGGUCAAUUUACAGUCUGCAUCAAUUGGGCGUGCUUUUAUUGUUUUCCGCUCAAUGCUAAAUUAUUGGUCAUUUAUCUUUCUAAUCCCUAGAGUUAUUUUUUGUAAUAUAUGUAGAUGAAUUCUACAAAAUACUGCGUACAAUCUUGAAAGCGACAUGAAGUUUAGAUGAUUAUUUUUUUAAUUGA